AAGCCCGAGCAGUUAGUUAAAAUGUCAAAUUUAACACACACUGCGGAUGCACCACGUUUCAGGAGAUAUAUACACAACUGACUAUCAAACAAACCCCCCUUUUAUAUCCACACACAGAGAGAGAGAGAUACAGAGAGACACUACAGAGAGAGAGAGAGAUGGCGAGCUCGGUUGAGAAGAAAGAAGAAGCUGUUUACAAGGAGCUUCCCGCACCUGCUGGCUGGCUUAAAAAGUUCAUGCCCAAGCAAGGAGGGGCACGGAAGAAGAAUGAAAUCAUAUUCACUGCCCCAACAGGUGAGGAAAUUUCUAACAAGAAGCAGCUGGAUCAGUAUCUUAAAUCACACCCUGGUGGUCCAAUGAUAUCCGAGUUCAAUUGGGGAACAGUCGAAACACCUAGAAGAUCAGCAAGAUUCACUGAAAAGGCAAAAGCAGCCCCAUCACCAGAAAGUGAUCCACCAGCGAAGAGGAGCAGAAAAUCCUCCACUGCAGAUGAUGAAAAAGAGAAAGAGAUUGCUUUUGAGAAGAAUUUGGUGAAUGAAGUUCAAAUGGAAGAAGCAGAAAAAAUUGAGAAAGAAGCUGUAGCAGAGCAAGAUGAAGUGCAGGAUCUUGACAAGGCUGGUCAUGAGGACAAAACUGAUGAAACCCAAUAUACAACAAAGGGAGUUGAAAAGGACACUCAAGAUGAAAUACAAGACACUGAUGACAAAAUGGUGCAUGCUAGUACUGAAGAUAUCAAACAACCUGAAGAUCCUGGAUGUGGCAAGAAGACUGAAGCAGAGAUACCUGUCACCAGUGAAAUAUCCAAAACUAAUGAAGUACAAAUGCAAGAAGCGCGGUUUCAAGCAGCAGCGGAGAAAUCACCAAUCGAGGCACAAUUUCAAGCCACAGUGGAGAAAAUGCCUUCUGAGGAACAAUUUCAAGCAGCAGUAGAGAAAACACCAAUUGAGGAACAAUUUCAAGUAGAAGUGGAGAAAACACCAAUUGAAGCACCAUUUCAAGCAGCAGUGGAGAAAACACCAUUGGAGGCACACACAGAGGCUGGCACCAGGGAACAGGGAAAACAGGACACCAUCUCAAAGGAAAAUAUUGAGCACACUGACUAUGGCUCUAAAACUGCAGAACAAAGUGAUGUAGUGAGCAAGGGUGAUGAGGGACAAAUGGCUGGGAAUGGCAUCAAUGGCAAAGCCAUAUGAGUGAAGACCUGAGUAUUCACAUUCGAUUAGGCUAUUGACUGUAGCUUCCUUGUUCUAAUGAUAGAUUUUUAAUGUUUGUGGGAAUAUCUUUAUGUAAAGUCGACAACUAGGCCUUUCAUUGUUGCAAACAAUUUAAGCAUCAGUGAAUGUUUAGUCUGAAUUUAUAUUGCCUGUCACUGACUAGAAGUUAUACAAGUAAUUGAUCAUGUGUUCACUUCUUUGA